GUAUUAUUGAAGCCUCUCCGCUUCCAAUUGGCCGAUGACGCAAAUUACGUUUACGGAUGUGCGCGGAGUUUAGCGUCCUUCCGGCGUAAACAAGUGCCCAAACGUAUAGACGUCCUGUGUGUGUUUGGCCUGUUUCACAGCCAGAGAGCGCUGAUCGUGCACAUCGGCCUCCUGUCCUGACAUGACCACCAGGCAUCUGCAGAAGCUCGCCGUCUUCACCACCCUGCUGACUGGCGCAGGGGUCGGCACCAUGUACUACCUGAUGCAGAAGAACUUAACCCAGCCUGACUGCCACAGACUGGCUCUGCAGAAGCUGAAAGAGUGUCCAGUUGCCAUGGAAACCCUCGGAGCCCCGCCUUUAAAAGUCUCUAGAAUCCGUCUGACUGACAGACGACUCUUUAUUGAUCAGUACACGGAGCAGAUGAUGAUCCCUGUGCGAGGCUCCAAAGCCAGAGGUUUUUUGUGUACCUUUUCAGUUCGAGAUCCCAUCACCAACAGGUGGAGUUUGAGGCAGGCAGUUCUAGAGCUUUGGGAAGGACAGACUGUGGAUCUGUUCCAAACUCCUGAACCAGCUCCAGCACAGAUCCAGACAGAGGACUUCCAGGAGCUGGACCCGGGUCACUGGCCCUAAAAGGCUGUACUAAACAUUAAUGUCAACGUAGGGGACUCUGUUGUGUCCCAGCAGGUUCUGAGUCGAGGUGGAACUGGCCAACAUCAGCAAAGUGCCAAUUCUUUAACUUCAGCAUCGUUUACACAAAGGGACACGUUUCUGUGCAGAAUAAAAGCUGUGGUUUCACUAA